ACCGGGUAGAUUGUAUUUUAAUUCACCUUGAUAUAUUUAUUAUUAGGAUACAAGAGUAAAUGCGAUGCCGACAAGUAUAGGACCUACUUAUCCUUUCUCUAAAGGAGCCAUUCAAAGAGAAGUGAUGGCCAGUGAAAUCAAAGUUGAAGUCAGCAGAAGUAUUGGACUUAUCUAUAUUGAUGGACAUCCUUCAGGAACAGGUUUCCGUGUGGGAAACGACCUUAUCAUAACAUGUCUACAUGUAAUUCAGGGUGCUUUUUCAGCUAGACCACAUUUCAUUGAUUCCAUCCGAGUAUAUAUACAAUUUGAGAGAAAACAACACCUACAAAACAUUGAUCCAAGAAAGAUAUUCAAAUUUGAAGCAUCAGUUAGAUUCACACAUCAGGAGUUUGAUUUUGCUGUUUUGGAGUUGUCGAGGCAUGAAAUACCUGAUGUUCAUUUCCCCCCACCUUUGACCUCAUUUUGCCAAAUGCAGAUUCCGUCGGAAGUUCACCUUAUUGGGCAUCCUGGUGGUGUACAGAUGAUGGAAGACAGUGAAGUCUUUCCGAGAGUUAUUGAACAGAACAAUGAUGUUGAUACAUACAUUAGUGAAUUAAGUAACUGGAGCGUUCAGUAUUUCCCAGAUAGAUUAGAUCACUACGCUGAACUCCGUCUUCCACCCAGAAAAAUACUAUUUCACACUACAUUUGACAAGGGAUCGUCUGGCUCUCCAGGCGUUAUCAUAAAGAAUCACAAACCCUGUGUUGUUUUGAUGGUGAGGGGUGGUGCUCCAGGGUGUUUCUACGAAAAAAAAUUUCCUGGUCAUCCUGUCGAAGAUCGUAAGAGAGUGGAGUACGGAUACGCCAUGGAAGAUAUUUACAAGGAAAUGGUGUGUUCAACAAAUCAGAACAUUAGACAACUAUCCUCAGAAAUUUUUAGGGAAUGGUUUUAAUGCAAAUUAAUUGA